AACAAAUUAGGGCUCUUCUACCCUUCAUCUCCUCAUACAUUAACACAAAGCAGGAAAAUGUCUCUUAAAGCUUCCAAUCAGUUGGAACCUCAAGGUCAAACACUCAAUCAAAUUCCUCACAAUCAAAAUUACAAGAAGAACAAAGUGUUUAGUGUUCAGCAAUUGCUUCAACUCCUGUGAGUAGGAAAUUACCAGAACCAGAUGGAAACAAUGAUCCCAUGUCUUCUUGGAAAAACUGGGGUGAAGCAGGUUGUCAUAAAAAGUACAUGCCAUCAUUGUAAAAAUGUAAUUGAAGCAGCAAGUGCAAAAGGAGCUAGCCGCUUGGCUGCUCAUCUAAAGAUCUGCCCCAAGAAAGAAGAAGCCAGGACAGAUGAAGAUUUCUACUGCAAUGAAAACAGCAGAUCUAUUAUGGAUGUAGGCAACUCAAGUAUAACUGACCUUGAGCAUGAUGAGUUUAUGAUUCAAAACAUUGAAUUUGAGGUUCAGAAGUCUGAGUUGGAGAAGUAUUUAGAAGAACCAUUGCUUAACAAAGGCUCACCCAAAGAUGAGUUUAACUUUGAUAUAUUGAGUUGGUGGAAGCUAAAUGCCCCUGAGUACCCAACUCUGUCUAAGAUCAAGAGAUGUAUAGCGGAUUUUAUCGGAGUAAAAUCCGAUAUCCGGUUGCUUAUUGUAACGGAAUCGGAUUAA